AUGGGAGAGAUGAUCGUGGAUGGAAAUAUGGUUCGAACAGCUAGAGAUGAUCAUGGAAAUAAGGGAAGAAAGGAUGAUGGGAAAAGAAGCACAGCAGAAGGAAAGGGAAACAAAGUAGAAGGAAAGGGAAGCACAGCAGAAGGAAAGGGAAGCAAAGCAGAAGGAAAUAGCUUUGGCAAAGGAAGCAAAGGAGCAAGAAAGAUAGCAAAGAAGAAGAGAGAGAGAGAGAGAGAGAGAGAGAGAUAUAGGAAAAUGGGAGUAAAUUGGGCAAGGAGAACUAAUAAAUUAAAGAAGUUGAGGAAAAUGGAAGCAAUGCUGAAGGAAAAAGCUUCUGCAAAGGAAGCAAAGCAGAAGGAAAGAGCUUUGGCAAAGGAAGCAAAGCAGAAGGAAAAGGAAGCAAAGCAGAAGGCAAAGGAAAUAGCAAGGGAAGAAAGGGAAAGGGAAAUGGGAAGGGUCAGAGAAAAGCCCAACGAGGAGAAAUAA